AAAAAUAAAAAAAAGAAUCAUUAAUCAAAUUGCCAUCAGUUUUUAGCCAAGUCUUCCGCGACUCUGCCCGGCAUUUUCAUUUUCCAUCUUCCAUUCCAUUCGUUUAUGCUGAUUUCCAUCCUCCCUGCACCUGUCUCGUUGGGGUAUUUUGAUUACUUCGUCCAUCCAAAUAGAACCCUCCAAUCGCUCGCUCUCCCUCUGUAUCCGAGAGAUACAAUAUUCUCUCCAAAUAGUUUUCUUGGAGCCCCGUCGCUCAGUUGAAUUUUGGCGCCCGCGUCUAACAGUUGAGGCGGCUCGGCUCGGGAAACCCAAAAAGCAUCCGUAGUGUCUGAGGCAAAUGCUGUGUGAAAACGCGUGGAUUUAUUUUUAGCCUUCGUGCCGAUUUCAACAGUUCCAACGCUCCAUAUAAAACACAAAUCGGCAGCAAAUAGAUCGCAGAUCGAGAAGAGCACUGCCAAACUAAUUGCCGAUGAGGGAAGCCUACCAAUAAACGUUCCGCCAGUUCAUAAGAUAAGAUCGAUGGCCCAUCAUCCAGUUGCCAAGAUCUCCUGCAUUAUAUAAUCAUGGAAUUGGAUUGACGAUCGGCCCAGCCAGAGAUACAGAUAUAGAGAGAAGGAGAGAGAGAGAGAGGGAGAGACCGAAAUCAAAUUAGUUAAAACCAAAAACCGAAUAGAAAUGCCCAGCAAAUUUCAAAGAAGAAGCUCCCCCCAAGCGCCAAUUGGCGGCGCAUCGAGCGUCUCCUCAACGCCGAGCAACCAGCCGCGGAAGCGCGUGAAGCGAUGUUGCCGCAACUUCGUCACCUUCAUGUGCACGCAGGUGGGCGUGGGCGCCCUGAUCGUUUUCUACGCCAUAUGCGGUGCGUUCGCUUUCAUGAACAUCGAGCGGAAGUACGUGGACCAGACGACGGCCCAGGUGCUGGAGCUGCGGCAGAACUGCUCGCAGCUGCUGUGGUACAUAACCGAGGAGCACAACCUGAUCGACAAGCGGCUCUGGGUGAACGAGACGAACGCUGUGCUGCGGGAGUACCAGGCCCAGAUAGCGGGCAUCAUCAAGAGCGGCUACGUGGGCCGCAGUCCCGAGCAGAUCUGGAGCUUUCCGGCUGCACUGAUGUUCUGCCUGUCGGUGAUCACAAUGAUCGGCUAUGGGAAUAUGGUGCCACGCACACCCUGGGGCAAGGGUUUCACCGUCAUCUACGCCACCUUCGGCAUACCGCUGUACAUCCUGUACUUCCUCAAUAUGGGCCGCGUCCUGGCGCGCUCCUUCAAGUUUAUGUACCGCUCCAUGCACGACUGUACGCAGGAGCGAAACUUUGACUCGCGACUGGACGCCCUGGAGAACGGCAGCCUGGGCACCCUGACGCUGCGCAAGAAGAUAAUUGUCCCCUCCACCGCCUGCCUGUGGGUGAUCAUCUUCUAUGUGCUGACGGGGACCAUUAUGUUUGCCAACUGGGAGAAGUGGAGCUUCCUCAAUAGCUUCUACUUUUGCAUGACAUCGCUGUGCAAAAUUGGCUUUGGCGACUUUGUGCCUGGUGCAUCGCUGACCACCGCCGCCGAUGUGGAUGUGGCCACCCAGAAGCUGCAGGAGGACAUUGCCGCCGAUCCAAACGAGCUGUCCGAGCUGCAGUCCAUAGCCGAUCAGCACUCGAAGCUGGCCAUCAACUUCAUUUACAUGCUGCUCGGCAUGGGCCUGGUGGCCAUGUGUCGCAACCUGAUGCGCGAGGAGGUGCACGUCAAGCUAAAGGAGAUGAAGGAGGACGCCAAGCUGUGUGUCGAGGACACGCGUCUGCGUUUCGUGGGCUGCUGUGGCGAUCCGCGUGAUAUUUACGAGAAUGAUUACUACUAGGCGGGAAAGGCUCGCUCGUGUGUGUGUGUGGUGUGUGUUGUCUGUGUGUAAGAGUGUUGUCUGUAGAACCUAGGAAGAACCUAUAUCAGUUUGUCAUCGCCUAAUCCCCCAAUAUAUAUAUGGGCU